CACGGCAAUGCCGUGAUGGAAAUAAUUAACUACCAAGAAAAUCUGGCCGGUGGCCGCUGCCAUACCUAAUCUCACCGUCUAGUCGUCUUACCUCCAUUUUGUUGCCGAGAGCAGCACCGGCGCAACGCAGCGAAGAGUCACCUUCGCUUGGCUCCGCGUCCGGUGACCAGAUUACCUGACCGCUAAACGGCUAUCCGAACCGCCCCGGGCCGGGCCCUAUCUUUGCCUUUUGUGGCAACUCCCGAAACCGCUUCCCGGUAUUCUUGAGACCCCGGGGCUUCAUAAAUUUCCGCUCGGGUCCCUCGCUUCCGUAGACCAGGCACUCGGAGGGGGAGAGGUCUCCUUCGAGAUCGUUCCAUCAAGCGGCGCAAGAAGUGGAGAUAAGAGAGACAGAGAGAGAGAGAGAUUUGUGAUCGAUAACCAAAACCCUAGGCCUGGAGACCCGCGGAUGGCGUCGUCGAGGGUGAUGCAGUCGUCCUCGACGGCGAACUCGGAUCUCGCGUGCGAGCCCUCCAUAUAUUCUCUCACGAUGAGCGGCGACCAGGCCAAGAAUUUGGGAUCCAUGAACAUGGACGACCUCCUUCGCAACAUCUACGGCGACGGCACAGCUGCGGCGGCGUCGCCGGCUACCCCCUUUGGUGGAGACGCAGGGGGCGCGGCUCCGCCGCCGCUGGCACGGGAGGGGAGCUCCUCGCUGCCGAGGAGCAUCGGGAGCAAGACGGUGGAGGAGGUGUGGAGGGAGAUCUCCGGAGGGAGGAAGGUGGAUGGAGGAGGGGAUGGAUCGGGGUACAAGGACGCCACGGCCGCGGAAGCGGCGGCAGCGAACGGGGAGAUGACGCUGGAGGACUUCUUGGCGAGGGCGGGGGCGGUGAGGGAGGAGGACGUUAGGGUUCCUCCGGGGUCGGUGGCGGCGGGCGGGUUUGGGGUGGAUGCGGUGAUGAAUGAUCGGUUUAGUCAGCAGCAGGCUCAAUUGCCGCUCGAGAAUCCGAUGCUAGGGUUUGGAAAUGGGGUGGAGGCUGGGGCUGGGGGAGGAGGGAGAGGAGGGAGGGGGAGGAAGAGACAGGUGCUCGAUCCGGUGGACAGGGCGGCGCUACAGAGGCAGAAAAGAAUGAUCAAGAACAGGGAGUCCGCAGCGAGGUCGAGGGAGAGGAAACAGGCUUAUACUGUGGAACUUGAAUCUAUAGUUACGCACCUGGAGGAGGAAAAUGCGAGGCUAUUGGGAGAACAGGAGGAGGUCCACAGGCAGAGGCUUAAACAGGAUUUCAAGGUCUGGAGACAUGAUGAUGGGGAUUCUACUAGCGAGUUGUGGCUGGCCAUAUCGAUAAUCAUGUUAUAUGGUCUUACAUAAUUAUUCAAGGAAGAACUAGAGGUGAACAACGGACAUGUAAUGGGCGAUUGGUCCAGAUUCGAAAGGCAACCAAGGGAAAAAGGUUCCAGUUUAAGGAAGCGUUAAAACAAAAUGCCAACAAGACUGGAAACUAUAAAGGUAAGCCUUACUAGUCCCGAUCAUUGGGAUAUAUUAUCUAAAUCGUUUAAUGCUAACAGUUCCUAAUCUUUAUAAUGAUUUUGUUAUAGGUCGAAAGAGAAGAAAUGUCUAUCUGCUGAAAUGAGGAAAUAGGAAUCUUGAGAUUUAGUUUAAAUAUGGUACCUAAAAAAGUAUUUUAAUAUGGUGAAAAAUGAAAAUAGUAAAUCAAGUGUAAGCACAAAAGUCAUCUCUCAAUUUUCAGUGAGUUGAUUAAUGGAAUAGAUGAACCUCAAUUUGAGAGAAUGCAUGUCUCUGGUGAUACAAUUUGAUAACUAAAGCAGAAGUAGCAUUGUAAACGAUCCAAUGGUUGCCGUGUUGGGCCAAGCUGAUAUAAUAAUCAAAACUUGGACAGAAGACUUAGAGUUUUUAUUGGCCAAUUAGCUCAUUAAAUGAGAUCUUGAAUGUAAGGAGAAUAUCAAAUGAUUCAAGAAGUAUGAUGGUAUUUAUUUUAAAACUACUGGUGAUGUAAAAAAUCACUCCAAUUAUUGUGAAUUAAGAUUAUGAAUCACAUUAAGAAAUUAUGGGAGUCUGAUGGAUCAAAUAUUGAGAAAGAAAUGGCAGCAAUCUUAAACCAAUCUGUUUAUUCCAUAAAAGCAAGUCAUCUAGCUUAUACUCAUGCUUACAUUACUCUUAAAAAGAUUAGAAGCCUGUGAGAUAAUUCCAUGCAUUGGUUUAUACUUGUCUGGACAGAUGAUAUUGUAAGUGCCACAGGAGGUAUAAUAGGGCUUUGAGUGGGAUGAUGUACUUUGAUGCUAAAUUAAAAUUAUAAAGGACAGGUAUAAAGGAACAGUGAGAAGCAGUUGAAGUGCUUAUAACAAGAUUGAUGAGUGUUUGGCUGUGAUUGCUUAAGAUUACUUUCUCCUAUAACUUAUAUCUUAUUCUCAUUGGUUAUUGAUUAACUUGCUAUUGGCAUUAGCAGAGUUAUUGUAGUUCAUAUUAUGUGCAUAUUUGUUAAUAUGUUCCAAAAUUAACAAUUUCAAAAAAUAAUAUAUGAAAUGUGUCAGGAUGCCUUAUUUUAUUGUUUUUGUUAUCCGAUACACACACACACACACACACACACACAUACAUGUAUACAUAUA